ACCUUCUUUCUUUGCAUAAACACUCCACCAUAAUCACCAUGUUCUAAAACCACCACCACAUCUCCUCCCAGAUCCACCGCAAUCACUGCCACAAAAUGGCACACAACGAACGCGACACCGUCCCUCUCAACCAAUCCUCUCAAUCCGACAUCGAUGAGAUCGAAAACCUAAUCAAUUACUCAGUCCAAUCCACCGUCCUCCCCGCACAGCCACCAUCGCCACCACGAGCAUCAAUUCCGGUGUCUUCUUCUCCGUUUAUCCAAUCCAGUCUUCCUCCGCCGCCUCAGAAACCGGCAUUUGUUGCUCCUGCCGUACCGCCACCGGUUUCUAACCGGAGUUCGAACGGUCAACAACAGCCGUCGAGUAUGACCGGAUUCGGAUCUCCGCCGAACACGUUGACGGAGCCGGUGUGGGACACGGUGAAGCGAGAUCUGUCACGGAUUGUGAGUAAUUUGAAGUUAGUUGUGUUUCCGAAUCCGUUUCGUGAGGAUCCGGGAAAAGCGUUGCGAGAUUGGGAUCUGUGGGGGCCGUUCUUCUUUAUUGUGUUUCUAGGGCUUACUUUGUCAUGGUCUGCUUCUGUGAAGAAGUCUGAAGUUUUUGCUGUUGCCUUUGCACUACUUGCAACAGGUGCUGUCAUCUUGACAUUGAAUGUGCUGCUGCUGGGUGGUCAUAUAAUCUUCUUCCAGAGUCUGAGUCUAUUGGGCUACUGUCUAUUCCCCCUGGACGUCGGAGCCUUAAUCUGCAUGUUGAAGGACAAUGUGAUCUUAAAGAUUGUUGUGGUGUGUGUGACAUUGGCAUGGAGCUCAUGGGCCGCGUAUCCAUUCAUAAGCAUGGCGGUCAACCCGAGAAGAAAAGCACUCGCUCUUUAUCCCGUUCUACUCAUGUAUGUAUCAGUCGGUUUUCUUAUCAUAGCCAUUGAUUAAUAUCAUAACUCCAUUACACAAGAUUCUUUUAUAGCGUUGUCGUGUUACAUUAUCCAUCCAAUGGACGGACACUUUUGUAUUCUAUGCGGAAUUGGUCUGUUUAGUGUUUGUUAUCCGGAACCGAUCUUUCUAUGUUAUGUGUAAGAAAGUUUUGACUGAAUGAUAAUAUAAUAUGGUAUGAUGUUUUGUUAAAUAAAUA